UUACCGAGGUUACCCACCAUUUUGAAACACCUGUGCAGCUGCAUUUCAGUGCAACACGACAGUUUGGAUUACUCGCUUAAAAAUUUAAUUCAGUUUUUGCUCCUCCGCCUCUACACGAUUAACCACAGAAAAAUGAAAUUGCUGGGAAUCCUUGCUCUCCUAAUCGUCUACUUUACCUUCACUGUGAAAGCUCAGCAGUCAACGUCCAAGAUAACAACGUCCAAGACAACAACGUCCAAGUCAACAACGUCCAAGACAAAAGCUACAUCGACCGUAAAACCGAAAACGACAUCGUCGAAGAUGACAACGAAAAUUAAUCCAACCACGCCCAAGAGAAAUGCCACCACAACGUCAAAGAUCACGCCAAAGAUGAAUGUUACAACAACGACUAAAAAGAAAACGACGUCGAAGAAGACAACCACUAAGAAGACUACCGCUACUACAACUCUUAAACCAAAAGCUACAACGACCGUCAAGAAAAAUGUUACGACAACCACCCUUGGUCCGGUGAACAUUCCGAAAUUUUUCGUGUGUCGUGACACGAACUCUUCCGCAGCCACUGGGAUCCUCCUACCGUAUCGCAACAUAACCAGAGAUGAAGCGAUCAACUGUGCAUUCUUCAUCGUCGCACCACCUGGCCAACAGAUUCAAAUUACUUGCUCGACUAUAAACAUCAUAGGCUAUAUCAAUUAUUUCCACAUCGGUGGAUCCGUCGAAAACGGGUACUAUAAAGUUGUAGUGAACCGCGAUUAUUAUUCAAUCGACAACACUUUGUUGGUAACACCAUCAUUUGACUACCCUGACUGGUUUGAAUGCAAGUGGACGACACUACCCAAACACAAUACGACCAACUUUAAACUUUGUCGUGAUUUCGUGGCCAAAACGUCUAACGGGACAAUCCAGCCUAUGGGAACAGAUACGGGGCCGAAUAGAAUUUGUUCCAUCACCAUCGUCGCUCCUUCAGAUUAUCAAAUUGAAAUUUCCUGUUUUGCUCUCAACUUUAAUAUCAACUUAGGGAUUCAAGGAGUCCUCGACGGUUCUUAUUACUUUGGCAAGGAAGGGAAUCAGAACUACAAUGACAGGGACAUCGACGUUACCGUUUCGGGAAGGAAAUAUUAUUCAAUCAAAAACCAGAUGACUGUGGUAUCUUCAUUCAAAUACCAAAACGGGUUCAAUUGCUCCUACACGGCAAUACCCAAAGAGAUAACAACCGAAUCUAAAUUUUGUCGUCACGCUGAGGCUACAACGGCAAAUGGAACAAUUUCCCCCAUAGCGGGAGAUACGAGAGAUAUUAAAAACUGCGCCUUCAAGAUCAGGACUGCCCCUUAUCAACAACAGAUUCGAAUUGUUUGUUCCGUUAUCACCCCAGGAAGUUAUCUGAAGAUUUUUGGGAUAAACGACAAAGCUUCCAACAAUCUGACGGUCAAUCGGACGUAUUAUUCAACUCCUUACAAUGACGUGACAUUAAAUUCUUAUUUCGGGAAAAAUGAUCGGAUCAGUUGCCAAUGGACGACCACAACCAUCAGGGAGAAUACGACGAGUUUACAACUUUGCCGUGACAAUCUUAUCGGAGGCAAUCAAACGACCAAUGGAACCAUCGAGCCCUUGGCCAAAAUGAAUAAGGGAGAACUUCGAAGUUGUCGCUCCACUAUUAGCGCACCUGAUGGCUACCAAAUCCAAUUUUCUUGUUCGGUCGUCAACAUGUCAUCCGACAGUUAUUUCAGAAUCGACGGAACCUUAGACUUAGACCAAUUCCGCCCACUAGAAGUGAACAAAGUGUACACUUCCAAUUUAUACAAUGAAAUAACUAUCGAAUCUGAUUUCAGCCAAUCAGACAAGUUCUUUUGCAACUGGAAUAUCGCACCCCGAGAGAAUUCACAGAAUUCCAAACUCUGUCUUCACGCGAUAUCCACAGCGGCCAACGGAACCAUUACCCACAUAGCAGGAAAUACGGGAAAAACAAGGGAAUGUUCUUUUUUAAUCAAAGGUCUACCCGACCAGAUGCUGCAAAUAUCUUGCUCUACUCUUAAUUUCUCUACAUCUUCUGGAUACUUGCAAAUUAUUGGAACAGUCGACUUUACUUCCGAUUAUGCGAUUGUGAAUCGGGUGUACACCGCCGCAAGCGUAAACAACGAAAUAAUGAUCAUCAGCAAUGUCGGUAACGGAGACUGGAUCGAGUGCAAUUGGACAACAAAACAAACAACUAACACGACAGAUUUCAAACUUUGUCGCGACGACGUGGCCACAUCUACCGGGACCAUUCAGACCUUGGCGGGGGAUACAGGGCCGAGAAGGGAUUGCUACUUCUCCAUCAACACGACUUCUUCCGACCAACAGAUCCAACUGUCGUGCUCGGCCAUCAAACUUGAUAGCAACAGUUAUUUAUACACAUCCGGAGUCGUCGACUACAACUUACUACAACUGGUACCGAAUAGGAUUUAUACUUCAUCCAGUGCAAUUUACUUCAUUUCUGGAAUCGUCAACGGAGACUGGAUUGAUUGCAAGUGGAACAUAACAGCCGUGAAGAACACAACGGAUUUUAAAUUUUGCCGCGACAGUGAGGCUAGAACGGCCAAUGGAACCAUUCAACCCCUAACUGGUGAUCCAGGUGGACCAUUAAGAGAAUGCUCUUUCUCGAUCUACGCACCUCCUAAUCAGCAAAUUCAGAUUUCUUGCUCUACUCUUAACCUUACUAGCCCUGGGAGUUAUCUCUGGAUGUACGGAAUAAUCGACAUCGCAAACCCACCUUUAUUGAACAGAGUUUAUUAUUCAUCGUAUUCGUAUUUAAACCAAAUUGAACUUCAAUCUGGAAUUAAUAAAGAAGAUUGGAUUGACUGCAAGUGGACGACAAUACCCGAGGAGAUAACACCAAAUUCAAAACUUUGUCGCCACCGACGCGCAACAACGCCCAACGGGACUAUUACACCAUUAGGGAUGACAUUGGGAGAGCCAAAAAGAGAAUGUGACUUCACCAUCAAAGCUAAUUUCAAUCAACAAAUCCAGUUUUCUUGCUCUGCCGUCCGCCUCAGUUCUGGAAGUUAUUUGAAUUUAUACGGAAUGAUUGGACAAUCAGAAACUGAUUCUGCAGUUAAAUUAAAUCGGGUCUAUUAUUCCACACGCAGCAAUGAUUUGCGUCUGAGUUCUAAAGUCGGCAGCUCAGACACGUUUAACUGCACAUGGACGACGAUACCCUUGGAUAUAACAUCUCAAUUCAAACUUUGUCGUCACGCAGAGGCAACAGCGACCAACGGAACUAUCACCCCCAUAACAGGAGACAAGAGAAGUUGCUUCUUCCAUAUCAAAGCAUAUCCAAAUCAAAAGAUUCAGAUAUCUUGCUCUAUCCUUAAAUUGACCAGUACUGGAAGUUAUUUGAGUAUCAAAGGACUAGUCAAAGGUGCAAAUCCGCCCAUCUUAAAUCAAGUUUACACUUCAACCGUUAGUAAUGACAUAACCUUGUCAUCUUCAUUCGACAAAUCAGACAAGUUCAAUUGCAGCUGGAAGAUAACACCCAGAAAUUAG